UUCCGCGUUCAAGGUGUGCUGUCUUCGUCUCCUUUUGUUCUCUCUUCUCCGUAUUCUUAGAGAGAGAGAGAGGAAGAGCCCGUCCUUGGGUCAUUCUUUCCUGAGUAAAAAAGAAGAAUUCGAAAAAGGCAUUUUGUGAUUUAUGCUCUUCAUUGAUUCUGUCUUCACUGUCUAUCUAUCACCAACAGAUCUGGUCUUCGAUCUUCCAUUUUUGCUGACGCAUAUUUGCUGGUGAUGUUCUGUGAGACUUGCCGCAGUUCGUGAUAAGGUUUUGAUUGCAUUUAACUGUGCACUUGGAUUGUAGCGACAAUGAAGAAGGCUUUAGGUCAAACUGUCAGAGACCUUAAGAGAGAGGUAAACAAGAAAGUACUCAAAAUUCCUGGGAUAGAACAGAAGGUACUUGAUGCUACUAGCAAUGAACCAUGGGGUCCGCAUGGUUCACAUCUAGCAGACAUUGCACAGGCUACUAGGAACUAUCAUGAAUACCAGAUGAUCAUGGCGGUAAUAUGGAAGAGAAUAAAUGAUACUGGCAAAAAUUGGCGGCAUGUGUACAAGUCAUUGAUCAUUCUAGAAUACUUGGUGGCUCAUGGGUCGGAGCGUGUCAUAGAUGAGAUCAGGGAGCAUGCAUACCAAAUAUCGACUCUGGCCGAUUUUCAAUAUAUUGAUUCUAGUGGGAGGGAUCAGGGAAACAAUGUCAGAAAGAAAUCUCAAAGUCUCGUCACACUAGUGAAUGAUAAGGAAAGGAUUGAGGAAGCUAGACAGAAAGCUGCUGCUAAUAGGGAUAAGUUUCGUGGGACAUCCUCAGCGGGUGGAAUGUAUAAGCCCGGUUCAUAUUCAAGUACAGGAGGCUAUGGUGAUCGAUAUGAUGACGAUCGUUAUGGAAGUAGAGAUGAAGAACGUAAUGGCUAUGGGAAAGAAAGAGAGAGGGAGUGGGGAUACAAGGAUGACGACAGAUACAGUAGAGGUGGUGACUCAUACAGCCGUGAUGAAGACCGUUACGGUAGGGAUUCUGAUGACCGCCAUAGCAAAGAUGGUUAUAGGGAUGAUGAUUACCGAGGAAGAAGUCGAAGCAAUGAUGACUACCAGUAUGGCUCAAGAAGUAGGAGCUCUGAUGGAGAUAGAGACCGUGCCUAUGAGGAUGAUGGUCGCUAUUCAUCUCGAAGCAGUGGUGCAAGGGCUGAUGACUAUUCUCAGGGUGGAAGGCAACUUGAGCGAAAGUAUUCAGAACAAAACAUUGGUGCUCCUCCUAGCUACGAGGAGGUAGUGAGUGAUGCUCGGGUUCCUGUUCAUGAUGAAAGGGAUGGAGAAACUGAAGCAGCACCUGUUCCUAAAGCAUCAUCUCCUCCUCAAAGUGCAGUACAAACUCAAGUGACUGCUGUGCCUGACACUACAGCACCAUCUGCAAACCAGGUGGUUGAUGGUUUUGAUGAAUUUGACCCGCGUGGUUCAGUUUCCAGUUCCGUUUCCGCUGCAGCUCCAUCUAGUGCAGCACCGCCUAAUGCUAGUAAUGCAGAAAUGGACUUACUGGGUAGUCUCACUGAGUCAUUUACCUCAAAUCAAUUGGCUAUCGUACCUGCUUCCUCUUCAACCACGGACUUUGGAGCUGGUUCACACAUAAAUUCUGGUUCUGAAGCCACAUUCGAAGCAUUGUCACAAGCAUCAACUGCAUUGACCCAGCCAAUUGAAGAUCCCUUUGGUGAUUCUCCUUUCAAGGCUAUCCCUACUCCUAACAGUAUACCAGCCCAGCAGCAGACUUACGCUCCAAUUGCUUCCUUCCAGUCUACCAUGACUCAAAGUUCUGAAGCUAUCCAACCAUUGGGUCCAAAGACAGAAACAGUCUCAGGAUUCGACUUUGGAGACACAUUUCCAGGCAUUACAUAUACUCCCAGUGGAUCUAAUGUUCAGGAUUCUUCAACUAGUCAACAAUUCUUGCCCACGGAGUUGUCUAGUGCAAACCAAGACACCGAUAUUCUAGCGAAUAUCCUCCCACCUUCUGGAAUGACUGCCCCUGUAGCUUCACAGUCAGCUUUCCCAGGAUCAACUGGAACACCUGCACUGCCAAGCAGUGAUGUCCAUGGGAAUUUCUUCCCCCAAUCAGGGUCUAUUGUCCCUGUAACCUCACACGCAGCUUUUCAAGCUCCUACAGGGUCACCUUCUGUACAACAUGCACAGCCAGGAAGCAAUGUCUAUGGGAAUUUCCUCCCACAGUCAGGAUCAACAGCUCCAGUGGCCUCACAAGCAACUUUUCAAGCUCCAACUGGACCACCUACCCAACCAAGCAGUGGAAACUUCUUUGCACAGUCUGGAUCAACUCCCCAAGUGACCUCACAGCCAGCUUUUCAAGCUCCAACUGGACCACCUACCCAACCAAACAACGGAAACUUCUAUGCACAGUUCGGAUCAACAGCCCCAGUGGCCUCACAGCCAGCUCUUGGACCAUCUGCUCAUCCAAGUGGUGAUUUUCUGGGGAACUUGCUCCCACAGGCGGGGCCUACAGUCCAAGUUGCUUCACAGGCAGCAGCUCUUCCAGCACCAACUCCUAAAGCGCAGACAACUAUGAACAAAUUUGAACCCAAGUCUACAGUUUGGGCGGAUACAUUGAGCCGAGGGUUGGUCAAUUUGAAUAUAUCUGGAUCCAAAAUCAAUCCUCUGGCGGACAUUGGAAUCGAUUUUGAUGCCAUCAACCGCAAGGAGAAGAGAAUGGAGAAACCGGCUGCAAAUACGGUAACAUCUACCAUCACCAUGGGUAAAGCUAUGGGUUCUGGUUCUGGGAUUGGCCGUGCUGGAGCGAGUGCCCUAGCGGCUCCUCCGAACCCCAUGAUGGGUUCUGGCAUGGGCAUGGGCAUGGGGAUGGGCAUGGGGGGUGGUGGUGGUGGUGGGGGGAUGGGGAUGGGCAUGAAUGCUCCAGGUGGAGGCAUGGGCAUGAAUGCUCCAGGUGCAGGCAUGGGCAUGGGAGGAGGCUAUGGUGGGGGUGUAAUGAAUCAGCCCAUGGGCAUGGGGAUGGGGAUGGGGAUGAACAUGGGCAUGGGGAUGGGGAUGGGGAUGAACAUGGGGAUGGGACAGGGAACUCAAAUGCGUCCUCCUACUGGAUUGCCUCCUGGUUCGACAAUGCCAGCUGGUUACAAUCCUAUGAUGGGCAUGGGUGGUCAUGCUCCUCAGCAAUCAUAUGGCGGCUACCGAUGAGAUUGAGCACAAUCAAAGGGGGCAUGACAAGUAUAUUGAGUUUUUGGUUGCGGUAGGGCUCAACGUUGUGCACCCUGUUGCAAUAUAGCCACUAAUGAGUCUGUUCUGGUUCCUACAUCUCAGCACUUUCAACAUGUAACUUUUAAAAGCUAUUUGUAGUAGUAAUUGGAAGAUAGUAUGUACUGUUAUGUUACAUUCAUCUCAAAAGGUCUUCUUUUUUAUUUUUCUUUUUUUUUUUGUGGGUCUGAGUAUUUUAGGUCCUUCCUUUCAAGAUGUAAUUUUGAAUGCUGUUUGUGUUGUGUAUGAUGCCCAAUUUUUUCUCCUCUUCCGUAGACUCGAGCAAAGUUUGUAGCAUUGAUACACUUGCUGAAUAAUAAUAAUCUGUUUAUUCA